AUGGCUGGCAGGGCGCCUCCCAGAGGCACCUCCAACUCUAGGAAUGAUCUUUUACUAGACCUCGACGAACAACCUCCUUAUGAUGGAUCGAGGCAACCUAUACAUGAUGACCAUUCAGCUAGACCAUCCGUAUCCUACGACGACUUUGUCGGCGGGAGCCAAACCACCCAUCCCGUUGUAAAAAACCCUCCUCCGGGCGCCGGCGCUUCGGGUCCUCGACCGCCCUACCUAGCAGAUGCCGACAGGCAAUACAGCCAAACGUCUGGUCUAAGCAAUUACCAACGAUACGCAGACGAUUUCGACGACUAUCCCGAUGACGGCCAAUCGUACUAUCAGCACGGAGGAGCGACGAACGCUACCGGCGACUCGUCGAGUCGUGCCAAUGCGCGGAAUCGCAAUAGUGUACUCGGGUUAGGAGGUGGGUUCCUGGGCAAGGCAAAGAACAUGUUCGGGAUGGGUCAAAAAGGGUACUCGGAGAUGGAUUUACCUCUUACGGAACCAGGGCAUGGCCGACUGGAUUCGGGUCAUGAACAGCCGAAACAAAAGAAGAAAUUUGACUUUCGGUUCGGGCUUGGUGGAAGUAAACCAGAUCCGUCAACGCUCGGUCCCCGGAUCAUUCACUUGAACAACCCGCCGGCGAACGCCGUGAACAAAUACGUUGACAACCACGUCUCCACCGCCAAAUACAACGUCGCAACGUUCCUACCCAAGUUCCUGAUCGAGCAGUUCUCUAAAUUCGCCAACAUAUUCUUCUUAUUUACAGCUGCCCUGCAACAAAUCCCGAAUUUGUCACCGACGAAUCGUUAUACUACUAUUGGUCCUCUCGUGGUCGUGUUGUUGGUAUCCGCAGGCAAGGAGUUAGUUGAGGAUUACAGAAGGAAGCAGGCCGAUAGAGCGCUGAACAACUCGAAGGCUAGGAUCCUGCGAGGCUCGACUUUCGAAGAGACAAAAUGGAUCAACGUUUCCGUGGGAGACAUAGUACGAGUAGAAUCAGAGGAGCCUUUCCCCGCCGACAUCGUCUUGCUUGCAAGUUCCGAGCCGGAGGGCUUGUGUUACAUCGAAACUGCGAAUCUGGACGGCGAGACUAAUCUAAAGAUCAAGCAGGCGCUUCCGGAGACGUCAACUAUAGUCAGCCCGGCGGAGUUAAGUAGGUUAGGGGGCAGAAUUCGUUCCGAACAACCCAAUAGUAGUUUAUACACGUACGAGGCUACCUUGACUAUGCAAGCUGGUGGCGGAGAAAAGGAAUUGUCUCUCAAUCCGGAACAGCUUUUACUGCGAGGUGCUACUCUUAGAAACACCCCUUGGAUUCACGGGAUAGUGGUCUUUACGGGACACGAGACGAAGCUUAUGCGCAAUGCUACCGCGACUCCAAUUAAGAGGACCAAAGUUGAACGUCAACUUAACACGCUGGUCCUCGCGUUGAUCGGUAUACUUCUUGUUCUUAGUAUUAUAUGUACCGUGGGAGAAUUAGUUUUCCGGUCCGUUCGGAGAGACACAAUUGCCUAUCUAGAGCUGGACGCCCUUACUGAGCCCGGAGAGAUAGUGCAGGCGAUAUUCAAGGACCUCGUCACAUACUGGGUGUUGUUCUCUUCGCUGGUCCCAAUCUCGCUGUUCGUGACUGUCGAGAUGGUCAAGUAUUGGCAUGGCAUUCUGAUUAACGACGAUCUUGAUAUUUACUACGACAAGACAGACACGCCUGCUAACUGCCGGACAUCCUCCUUAGUUGAGGAGCUCGGCAUGGUCGGUUUCGUCUUUUCAGACAAGACGGGAACACUAACCUGCAACAUGAUGGAGUUUAAACAAUGCACAAUCAGCGGAAUACAAUACGCGGACGAGGUACCGGAGGACCGAAGGGCCACAGUACAAGACGGCAUGGAAGUUGGAAUUCACGAUUUUAAGCAAGUGCGUGAGAAUAUAAAAUCACAUCAGAGCGCCGAAGCGAUUCAUCAUUUCUUGGCCCUUCUCUCGACCUGCCAUACCGUUAUUCCGGAGCGAGACGAAUCAAAAGGCGGCAAGAUCAAGUACCAGGCUGCAUCGCCCGAUGAGGGUGCGUUAGUCCAAGGUGCUUUGACCCUGGGUUAUACGUUUGUUGCUCGCAAGCCACGAUCGGUAAUUAUCGAAGUCGAAGGCAAAGAGUACGAGUACGAACUUUUGGCUGUCUGUGAAUUUAAUUCCACAAGAAAGCGAAUGUCUACUAUAUACCGGUGUCCCGAUGGGAAAAUCCGGGUAUACUGUAAAGGUGCUGAUACGGUCAUCCUGGAACGUUUGAACGAAGACAACCCCCAUGUUGAGCAAACCCUGGUCCAUCUUGAGGAAUAUGCUUCCGAAGGCCUUCGGACUCUUUGCCUAGCAAUGCGUGAGGUCCCCGAACAAGAGUUCCAGGAGUGGUAUAAGAUCUUCGAUAAGGCUCAAACCACCGUCGGUGGCAACCGAUCCGAUGAACUAGAUAAAGCGGCCGAGAUACUCGAGCACAGCUUUUACUUACUAGGCGCGACUGCUAUUGAGGAUCGUCUUCAGGACGGCGUACCAGAGACGAUUCAUACGCUGCAACAAGCGAACAUCAAAGUUUGGGUUUUGACUGGAGAUCGACAGGAGACGGCUAUCAAUAUCGGCAUGAGUUCUAAGCUGCUAAGCGAAGACAUGAUGCUCCUGAUUGUUAAUGAAGAAGACUCCCCAUCAACUCGCGACAAUAUUCAAAAGAAGCUGGAUGCCAUUCGGAACAAUACGGAUGGGUCGGUCGAAAUGGAUGCUUUGGCUCUUGUUAUCGAUGGCAAGUCCCUUACUUUCGCUCUGGAGCCAGAUAUGGAGAAGAUGUUCUACGACCUAGCUGUGAUGUGCAAGGCAGUUAUCUGCUGUCGUGUUUCGCCGUUACAAAAGGCUUUAGUUGUGAAGAUGGUUAAGAAGUUCUCGCCGGAGAUCCUCCUCGCUAUUGGCGACGGAGCUAACGACGUGUCCAUGAUCCAAGCCGCUCAUAUCGGAGUUGGUAUUUCGGGUGUCGAAGGUCUUCAGGCCGCACGAUCAGCCGAUAUUUCAAUCGCCCAAUUCCGGUUCUUGCGCAAACUAACGCUCGUCCACGGCGCUUGGAGCUAUCAACGUAUCAGCAAAACCAUCCUAUUUUCAUUCUACAAAAACAUUACUCUAUAUAUGACACAAUUCUGGUACACAUUCCAAAACGUCUUCUCUGGGGCUAUUAUCUACGAAUCUUGGACACUGUCCUUCUACAACGUCUUCUAUACCGUUCUACCCCCUCUUGUCAUGGGUAUUCUAGAUCAGUACAUUUCUGCCCGACUACUCGACCGUUACCCACAACUAUAUACUCUAGGACAACAAAACCAAUUCUUUAAAGUCAGCACGUUUUUCGCGUGGAUCGCAAAUGCCGUAUACCACUCUCUCAUCUUAUACAUAUUCUCCGAACUUAUUUGGUACAGCGAUCUAAUCCUGGGCGAUGGCACUAUGGCGGGCCACUGGGUUUGGGGUACGGCUUUGUAUGCGGCUACUCUUGCCACUGUUCUCGGAAAAGCGGCGUUGGUGACUAGUAACUGGACCAAGUACCACAUCAUGGCCAUCCCAGGCAGUAUGGUGAUUUGGUAUGGGUUUAUUGUCGUCUAUGGAAUUGUAGGUCCAAAGCUUGGAAUCUCGAAGGAAUACGACGGUUUGGUACCAAAACUCUUCGCGAAUCCUGUCUUCUGGCUACAAACCCUCGCUCUGCCCCUCCUCUGUCUUCUGCGAGAUUUCGCCUGGAAAUACGCGAAGAGGAUGUAUUACCCACAGACGUACCACCACAUACAGGAGAUUCAGAAGUACAAUAUCCAGGAUUACCGUCCAAGGAUGGAGCAAUUCCAGAAGGCGAUCAGGAAGGUUCGGCAGGUUCAGCGAAUGAGAAAACAGCGCGGCUACGCUUUCUCGCAAGCGGACGAAAGUCAAACCCGCGUCCUCAAUGCUUACGAUACGACAAGGCACAGGGGGAGGUACGGCGAGAUGCCGACAUCGACGCCAGGCAGGUAG